AAACGAGCAGAGGCUGCAAACAAGGAAAGAAACCUAGACAACCUGCGAGCUCCAGUCGUUUGUGUCUUAGGCCAUGUCGAUACGGGAAAGACAAAAAUCUUGGACAAGCUUAGAAGAACCAAUGUCCAGGAUGGAGAAGCAGGUGGUAUCACUCAGCAGAUUGGAGCCACCAAUGUCCCGAAGGAUGCCAUUCUGGAUAAAACCAAGAUGUGCAAAGAGUUUACCAAACAGGAGCUCAAGCUUCCUGGCCUUUUGAUUAUUGAUACUCCUGGCCACGAGUCUUUCAGCAAUCUCAGAGUACGAGGCACCUCCCUGUGUGACAUCGCUAUUCUGGUCAUCGAUAUCAUGCACGGCCUGGAACCCCAGACCAUAGAGUCCAUCAAUCUGCUGAAGGAGAGGAAGACCCCGUUUGUUGUAGCUUUAAACAAGGUGGGCUACUGGUCUUGCUGCGGCUUGAUUCUAUUCUUUUUUUCCUGGAAACCACAGCCAAUGGCGGAUGUCCAGAACACUGUGAAGAAACAGACACCGCACACUAAGGCAGAGUUUGAUGAGAGAGCUCAGCAAGUUAUUGUACAGUUGGCCACGGAGGGCCUGAACGCUGCCUUGUUCUACGAGAAUAAAAACCCGAGAGAGUAUGUAUCCCUGGUCCCCACCUCGGCUCACAGUGGUGACGGCAUGGGCAACCUGGUGGCCCUGAUCUGUGAACUGUGUCAGAGCAUGUUGGCCAAGAAGCUCAUGUACAGCCCUGACUUGCAGGCUGUUGUCAUGGAGGUCAAAGCUAUUACUGGAAUGGGCACCACGAUUGAUGUCAUUCUCAUCAAUGGGGCUCUAAAUGAAGGAGAUACUAUAGUCCUUGCUGGCACUGAGGGCCCCAUAGUAACGCAGAUCCGUGGCCUGCUGAUGCCACAGCCAAUGAAAGAGCUCAGAGUCAAGAACCAGUAUGAGCAUUUCAAGACAGUCAAGGCAGCCCAGGGUGUUAAAGUCAUAGCCAAGGACUUAGAGAAAGCCCUGGCUGGUCUUCCUUUGUAUGUGGCACAUGAUGCUGAUGAGAAAGAAUAUUAUAAGGAAGAAGUUGCUGCUGUUCUGAAGGAGACCCUGGAGUCCAUCAAGGUUCAGGAGCGAGGAGUUUUCGUUCAGGCAUCCACUUUAGGAUCCCUGGAAGCUUUGCUUGAGUUCCUCAAAACCUCAGAGAUCCCGUAUGCUGGCAUCGGUAUUGGUCCUGUACACAAGAAGGACAUCAUGAGGGCCUCCGUGAUGUUGGAACAUGACUCCCAGUAUGCUGUCAUUCUUGCAUUUGAUGUGAAGGUCGAAAGAGAGGCACAAGAACUGGCAGAAAACCUGGGCGUGCGGAUAUUCACUGCGGAUAUCAUUUAUCAUCUGUUUGAUGCCUUCAUGAAAUUCAGAGAUGAUCUGAAGCGAAAGAGGCAGGAGGAGUUUAAGCAUAUUGCUGUGUUCCCGUGCAAAUUACGGAUCUUACCUCAGUUCAUCUUUAACUCCCGGGACCCAAUUGUUAUUGGAGUCAGUGUGGAGGCGGGGUUUUUAAAGGAGGGCACACCGCUUUGUGUGCCUAGCAAAGAGUUCAUUGACAUAGGCCGGGUGACCAGCAUUGAGAUGAACCACAAGCCGGUGGAGAUCGCCCGCCAGGGACAGGAGAUCUGUAUCAAGAUCAUGCCUCUGCCUGGCGAGGCUCCCAAGAUGUUUGGACGCCAUUUCGACGAGACCGACCUGCUGGUCAGCAAGAUAUCCAGACAGUCGAUUGAUGCUGUCAAAGACCAUUUCAGGGAAGAGAUGACCAAAUCUGACUGGAAGCUGAUGGUGGAGUUAAAGAAACAGUUCGAGAUUUUGUGA